AUGUCAAUUCUCCCGUUUCUAUAUUUUACUGUGCGACUGGGUCUUGACAUCCAUUUUGCAUUCCUUGUCUUACACCUUUCUCCAUGUGAUUCAGCAUGCGAGUGGAUACCCGUACCAGGCUGCUACAUCUGUAUCAAGUUCAAGUUCAAGGUCGUUAUCUCAAGAAAGGGCGAUACCAUCCUGAAGACCGCUAGCAGCACACGUUUACCUAGUGGACGAGACCUUACAGCAUACAUUUUCGCAACUUACCAUGCUAAACUGUCUACAUCCAACGUUAAAGCCCUUGCCAAAAGGAUUAGCCCCGACACAACGAGCGUGAAGCACAGUCACCUUUCCACAUAUCCGUCAUCCAAGGCGACUCUGCGCGCGCCACCGUCUCAGGGCCCUAUCUCGAUAAACAUACCCCUCUUUUAG